CUCCUGGUCAGAGGAGAUGAGAGCUUGCCGCAGGAACUGAACGCCGGGUUGGACGGAACCGGUCUGCGCAUUGCAGUGGUCGCCGCCAGGUUCAACUAUGUAAUCACCAAAAAUCUGAUGGAAGGCGCUGUCUCGACGUUGGGGAAAUACGGCGUGCGCGACGGCGACAUUACCACUUCAUGGGUCCCGGGCUCGUUUGAACUGCCGUUGGUAGCUAAAACGCUGGCUCAAUCCGGCCGCUAUGAUGCGGUGAUCUGCCUGGGCGCCGUAAUCCGGGGGGAAACCAGCCAUUACGACAUGGUGUGCAAUCAGGCCGCCUCGGGCAUCGCGGCGGUGGGCCGCGAAACCGGCAUUCCCACCAUGUUCGGAGUGUUGACUACCGAAAACAUGGAACAGGCCAUCAACCGUUCCGGAGGCAAGGUUGGCAACUUGGGCUCCGACUGCGCGCUGGGCGCCAUAGACUGUGCCCGCCUUUUGCAGUCAAUCAAGACCGGCUGA